UCUGGCAACUAUGUCACUGUUCCUUUGGAAGAGGCUGUGAGAAAGGGAUCACCAGCAGAUGGAAGUGGCAAAUAUGAGGAAACAAAACCAGAGUCACCUGUAGAAGAAUGGAGCACAUCUGCUGCUCCUACAGACGAGUCCGGAAACUACAUCUUCCCAGUCAUUCGCCCAGAUGGAACUCCUCUUGGCACUGAAGAAAGCCGAGUUACUACAGGUGUCAGUGAGAAGCCCCUACGUUAUGUGGCUAUAUACACCGACGGAAGGCCUCUUCCUACUAAUGAAUAUGGUAGCGCCCUAGGAGAUGAUGGACAACCUCUCCCGACUGACGCUGCAGGACGGCCAGUGGAUAGCUCCUUUGUUCCUUAUCCUACAAAUAAUCUUGGUGAAUAUAUGAUCCCACCUAGCAGGCGUCCAUCACAGUAUUGCUUCAUAUCAUCUCACAUUGAGCUUAUUGUUGUUCUCGACACGUCCAAUACCGUGAAAGUUCUGGACUACCGUGUAAUGAAGGAACUUCUGAAAUCGUUCUUGUCAGAUCAUUUCGAUUUGUCGCAAGAUAAGGUCCGCGUUGGUGUUGUGAAGUAUGGAGACACAGCGGAGGUCCCAAUUUCACUCGGAGACUAUGAUAACGUUGAUGACUUGCUACAUCGAAUUAGUGAAACGCGAAGAGUGAAGGGAAAGCCGCAACUGGAAUUAGCCUUGAAAGAAGUCGCUGGUGAGCUACUCAUCUCCGGAAGUGAAGAUGUACCGAAAUUUGUACUCCUGCUCAAGAAUGGUCAAUCAACUGACGAUUUCCAAGAAGCAGCAGAAGCAUUGAGGGACGAUAUAGGAGCUACUGUAUUCAUAGUGGAAGCGGGAGAUGAAGCAAGCCACGGACAAGAUAAAGAGAUCACAUCUGAUGACAAAGUGAUUCGUAUAAAACAAUGGCGAGGAACUGAUUCUGAAGCACUGGGCCCCAUUGCUGACAUGAUUUGCAAGGUUUAUAUCCCAGCGUUCCUCAGAAUACCAAUCUGA